AUGGCCGGCGGCGACGUGGAGACGGCGGCGGCGCCGCUGCUGCCCCCGCCGGCGUCGUCCCUGGCGGACGAUCCCUCCUCCGCGGGCCCGGCCCCGGACGACCGGCUCAGCUUCGCUUACCUCAUCUUCUUCACCCUGGGUGCCGGCUUCCUGCUCCCCUGGAACGCCUUCAUCACCGCCGUCGACUACUUCGCCUUCCUCUACCCGGGCGCCCCCGUCGACCGCGUAUUCUCCAUAUCGUACAUGGUCUCCGGCUUCCUUCCCUUGCUCGUCAUCGUGCUUUUCUUCCCCAAGUCCAGCGCCCCCAUCCGCAUCAACACGGGGCUCACGCUCUUCACGUUCGCGCUCCUCCUCGUCCCCGCCAUGGACGCCGUCUACGUCAAGGGCACGCCCGGGCUGUACGGCGCGUUUGAUGUCACUGUCGCCGCCACGGCCCUGUGCGGCGUCGCGGACGCGCUCGUCCAGGGAGGCGUCAUCGGCUUCGCGGGGGAGCUGCCCGAGCGCUACAUGCAGGCCGUCGUCGCCGGAACCGCCGCCUCAGGAGUACUUGUCUCGGCAAUGAGAGUCUUUACCAAGGCGCUCUACCCGCAAGAUGCCCAUGGGCUAAGGCAAAGCGCGAUCAUCUACUUCAUUGUCGGCAUUGUGCUCAUGAUCAUCUGCAUUGUGUGCUACAAUGUGGCGGACAGGCUUGCGGUCGUCGUGUACUACAAGAACAUCAAGAAGAGGGCUCAGAAAGCAGAGGUUGGCGGUGGCAUGACAGGUCCUGCCUGGAGAUCGACUCUGUGGAGCAUUGUCGGGACGGUGAAAUGGUAUGGAAUAGGAGUGGCCCUCAUCUACGCCGUCACACUCUCCAUUUUCCCAGGGUACAUCACAGAGGACGUGCACUCCGAGGCGCUCAAGGACUGGUACCCCAUCCUCCUCAUCAGCGCCUACAAUGUGUUUGAUCUUGUUGGCAAGGCCCUGCCCGCCGUCUACCUCCUCCAGAAUGGCAAUGUUGCAGUCGCAGGAUCCUUUGCGCGGCUCCUGUUCUACCCGCUCUUCUACGGCUGCCUGCACGGACCGAGUUUUUUCCGCACGGAGAUCCCAGUCACCGUGCUGACAUGCCUCCUGGGGCUUACCAACGGGUACUUGACCUCCAUCCUCAUGAUCCUCGCGCCCAAGGCCGUGCCCAUCCACCACUCGGAGACUGCUGGGAUUGUCAUAGUGUUGUUCCUCGUAGUUGGUCUUGUCAUUGGUUCGUUUGUGGCUUGGUUCUGGGUCAUCUGA